AUGGGCGUUGAAGUAGUGGAUACGGAUCAUGAAGAUAAUGAUGAUAUUCAAUUCGACAACCACGAAGAACAAGGUUUCAAUGCGGCUUAUGAAUCAAAAGAAGUACUAGGACGCGGUCUGGCUUCAACGGUCCGGCGGUGCAUCGAAAAAGGAAGUGGAAUGCAAUUCGCUGUGAAAAUUGUCGACAUAUCAACUGAAAAACAAACCGAAAGCGAAGCUAAACGACUUUUGAAUGAGACGAUUUCGGAAGUCGAGAUUCUUCGUCAAUUAGCCGGCCAUCCUUCAAUUAUUAAAAUUCAUGAUUUCUAUCAAACUCCUUCAUUUUUGUUCGCUGUGUUCGAAAUGGCGCCUCGCGGUGAACUUUUCGAUCAGUUGAACUCGACGGUUACGGUAUCAGAAAAACGGGCGAGAAAAUUGAUGAGACAACUAUUCGAUGGAGUUGAAUUCAUGCAUUCCAAGAAUAUUGUACAUCGCGAUCUGAAGCUUGAAAACAUUUUGUGCAUUGACGAUGAGAGAAUCGUUAUUUCUGAUUUUGGGUUUGCCACUCGACUUCAAAAAGGACAAAAAUUGCGAGAUUUGUGCGGAACACCAGGUUAUUUGGCGCCUGAGACAAUUCGUUGUCAAAUGUACGACGACGCUGAAGGCUAUUCAUUUGAAGUUGACGAAUGGGCCCUCGGAGUUAUUCUCUAUACCUUGUUGUGCGGUUAUGCUCCUUUCUAUCAUCGAAAGCAAUUGAUGAUGUUGAGGAUUAUUCAGCAGGGCAAAUAUGAGUUUCGUGGUGAGCAUUGGUCAAAUAUUACGAGUGAGGCGAAAAAUUUGAUUUCGCGAUUACUUGUGGUGGAUGUUGCAAAGCGUAUCACAGCAAAAGAGUGCUUGCAACAUGAAUGGAUGAAGCCUGCCGGACAAGGCCAAGUACCGAUCAUUGAGCUUCCGACGGCGAAAAAGACUGGAGAGAAGGCGAAAAAACGCUUCAAGCAGGCAAUUAUUUGGGUCCGAUUCUUCUUGCGUCUCUCCAAAUACAAAUACCUCAAAACCAUGGUCGAUCGGGAUGUUCUUAGGAAACGGCCAUUCCGUGAUAGAGAUAUUCGACAUGAAGCUGAAGCUUCAGUGUUUAGUGUAUAUGGUCAUUGGGUGAAUCGCGGUUUCUACUAUUCUCGUGAUAUGCUAUUUGCGAAUAAGCCACGCCCGAAAAUGGCGAAACCGUCGACGCCAAACGAACAAUUGCAAGUGCCGAAAUGA